AUGCCAUUAUCUGGAGCGCAAUCCGUUAUCGAUGACUACUUCUCUGAAACCUCUCCGACUCCCUUGCCACACCCUAGAGACUUUAGGGGAGUACCAGCACAUGACAUACGAGAUAACCUUAGGGCCCAUCUCCGAUUCUCACAGCGAAUUGGGACUAUCGGUGACUUGGAAGACUUCAUUGUUGGCAUAGUUGACUCGAUCAAUCCCAUACGUUCUAGAGCCACCACACCAUAUUCUGCAAGUACACGGACUGCCCUUGACUCGUGGAGCUCACGAUUUGUCCAGGGCAUGUCGGGUAAGGAGUUGUAUCUCCAAGCCCUAACCGUGUUGGACGACUCUCACGUGCAGUAUGCGCUUAGGAUCAUCCAUUCGCAACAAGCUGCCAAAUCAGAAAUCAUCUCCAUGCAACACGCGAUAGCAGGAGCGCGACGAUACACGGAGAGAAUGGAGACAUUGGCAUUGAGCAUGGGAGAUAGGAUCCAGCCACAGGAGGAAACACUAGCCUUGAUGUUUGCCCAGACGAACACGUAUCAACGACUCGUCGAGCUAGACGCAGACGCCACGCAGCCAUUCCUCCCUACCUUUCUAACAGAUAUGCCGCUGGAAACCCCACAAGAAGGAACACCCCCCAUACCUCCACCGCGACCAUCACAUCUCGAUUCCAUGACGGUUCCUACCCCACAGCCAUCCAAUUUGUUCGAAGGCACCUCAACGUCUUCCGCUCCAGCAGCGACUCAUGAUGGUGUUUCCAUCGCACGACCGUUGCAUCCAAACACCCCUCCGGAUUACGUAUCAGAGUGGAACUUUAGCGACAAUCCCAACCAUCAUGCCAAAGGGUUAUCCCCGAUGACCACGGAAAAUGCGGUGCAGACUGAAAUGCCUGAACACUCGGAUCAAUCAUCUCAGACCCUCGUAGAUCCAGGAGAAAGUGAGCCUGGAAGGAACAUCUCCCCAUUUCCUCCCGCCUUCUCCACAGCGCUCAUCAGGCCACACUGA